CUGGUGGAUGCGUGUGUGACAGACGAUGGCGAUGCUCUCCUCUAUGGCGCUGCGAUUGUCUACCGCCACUUUUCUCUUGAUGCCCGCAACGCCUCGGUGAAGGCGUACGGCUCAAAGCAGAUAAAGUCUCGACUUGGUCUGUGCCAAAGGUCGCUAAUUUUGUUGGGCCUGGUACUGGGUUGCGACUACUGGCCUUCCGGAGUGCCUGGAGUGGGCCCCAUUACCGCGUGCAAACUUCUCACUCAAAUGAAUGCCGGUGAGGCCUUGCGUCGGCUCACUGGAGCUGAAUUUGACACCACUGUACCGGCUCCAAAGGCAGUGAUGCCAGACAGCAGUGUGUGGCGCAGCCCUACAUGGCAAAAAAUCGUCCUUGGCCUGUCCGAAUGCCCUGUCACCCAGGUGGUGGAUGAAUUUCUCUCCCCAUGGCGAACGCGUGGCUGGCAGAUGCCUGGCGAUGCAAGUCUGGUCUGGUCGCGUCCCGACAUAUCUCGAUCUGUCCAACUUUGUGUCGAUUUCCUUGACUGGCAUCCCGCCUAUGCUUUGGCCCAAUUCAUUCCCCUUCUCGGCCUCUGGAUCACCCGAUCAGCAUCACCACCGUCGUAUGCAGAUGUCAUGCAACCCCUUCGAAUAAUUCGAAAAAGGUCCGUAAACUACCUUCCCUAUCUGGAAGUGGAAUGGAGUCGUUUGAAAGAUGACAUUUGGUCCGAGGCAUUGGAAACUUUGGGUAAUUCAAACGGUAGCCUAACGGCUUCCCUCCGCGGUUUUUACACUACUGCGGGUUACCGGUUCCCCGUCCCAGAGGUCGAAUUCCGCAUUGCCUUUCCCCACCUCGUGCUCGCCUUUGAGUCCCUCUCACUCCGGACCCUCACCUCUAGAAUGGAUGCUCUAUCUGUGAAUGGGCGGAAGGGGAAAGGAAAACAAAAGGGCGAGAGCCACGUCAUUGUCACCGACGCCUCAAAAUGCUGUAUUCAGGAUCUUAUGCAAGUGACCUCGAGCAAAACCAAAACUGCCACGUUUAUCCUCCCCUCUUGGGACUCGUCUCCCGAAGGUUCUCCACUUAAGCCACCCAGUACCCGUGUUUUCUCUCCCCCUUCUCAUUGCUCUCCUCCUUUUGGCUUCAGAUCCACUCCUCCUAUGGAUGCAAGACUGUUGUCUUCACCAGCGCCGCCAGUGGAGAAUUUUAUAUCCCUCCGAAUUAGUAGUCACUUUGAACGUCGGCUGACCCUUCAGUCCUCACUUUUGACGGCCACUCCGCCUCCAUCCCCUUCAGCUGGAGAGUUUGAUGGCUUUCGAACUCCUGCACGCCUUCUCGACCGGUUGGCAUAA